AUGGCGGAGUCGGCUUCUUUGCUGGAGAGCGACCUAGAGUCGGCUGCCCCUCCGGAGACGCCCUGCCGCUUGCGGGCCAUCGGUGCCGUGCUACUGGGCCUGGCUUCCGCUGCCAUCCUCGCGGCGCUGCUGCUGGAGCCACAGGACGAUAGCCAUGGCCAUCGCCAUGGGCUGCGGUUGUUGCAGGCCGUUGGGGGCGGCAGCGCCAUUGGCAGUUGCUGGUUGAAGUGUGGCGCGGCGGUGGGGAAGGCCAUUCAUACCGCUGGGGCCUUUAUUGCCAGGCUGUUUGUGAAUAUGGGCCGCUGCAUUCAUUCCAUCUUUGCCAAUGUCAAUGAGGGCUUUGGGCACUGCUGCGGUGCCAUGGGUCACCAGUUGGAUCGCUGCCCCGGCUGCGGCCAUUGGUGUUCGCACUGCUGGAAUGCCUCCGGAAGAUGCAUGGGAGGCUGCUGCAUCUCGCUUGGGGACUUCAUCAAUGGCUCGCUGGUGGUUUGUGGCACCUCGAUCUCUGGCUGUUGUGAUGUCUUCAGUGGCUUCUUCCAUGGCAUGUGGUCAAGCUGCGGGAACUUCCUCAGUGAAACUUGUCCUUUCUGA